AUGCCACCUGUGCUGACCUUCGAGCACGGCAUCCCUAUGCACGAUGGCACGCCGGAGUUGCUCGAGGAAUACCUGUACCGUGCCGACACGCUGAAGGUCGGCAACACGCAGGAGGUCGCCAAGGAGACAGGGCCACUGGGCCCGAGGCUCUACAAUGCGCUGCGAGGAGAAGCUUACACAGGGGUCAACGCCGCCAACAUCGCGAAGGCGGACCUGGGCAGUGACUCAAAGAUCGAGGCGCUCGUGAGUGCGCUGAAAGCGGCCAUCCAGGGCAUCGAGCCGAAUCGCGCUGACGAGCUCUUGGACCGGUACUUCGACAACUCGAGCCGGCGCAGCGCAGAGUCGGUGAGUUCGUGUCUGACGAAGAGGAGCGAGGUCGGGCAGCAGCUGCUGGGGGCGGACAGGUUGACUCAGUCGAGUGACAACAUCGAGGCGUACUUGUUGCUCAAGCUGAGUAGCCUCUCCAAGGCUCAGCGCUCCCAGGCGCUGGCCAGCUGCGGCAAUGCCUACGACCCGAAGCGACUGACGGAGGCGAUCAGAGUGCAGUUCGCGGACCCACACAAGUCGGAG